AUGCCCGAUCCACAAGAGCCUUCAGGUCAAGGCCAGCUUCCUCCGCCCUACUCGCUCGGUGGAGAUGAAGGGUCGACCUUUGAUUCAAGCAACGUUCAAGUUCAGGCUGACGGUCGCGUGAAUAUCAACCUCGAAUCCAAAAUCGCCCAAACCCUCGCUCAAAUCAUCGAAUCCCAACAAGAAGACCUAAAAAAUCCACCCCCUGACUAUGAUGAGACGGAGGGAAUUGAAGAGGGUGACAUUGAUUGCCCCUUCCGACUGAACAUCGUGAUCCAGAUAGUGGGUAGUCGCGGGGAUGUGCAACCUUUCAUCGCGCUGGGUUCAGCAUUGCAGCGAUGGGGUCAUAGGGUUCGCAUCGCGACUCACGAUACUUUUGCAGAUUUUGUCCGUGGGUCUGGGUUGGAAUUCUAUCCGAUCGGGGGCGACCCAGCGGAACUGAUGGCGUACAUGGUGAAGAACCCAGGGCUGAUUCCUCAAAUGCGGACAUUGCGUGACGGCGAGGUGAAGAAGAAGCAAGUCAUGGUUGCAAAAAUGCUCGAUGGCUGCUGGAAGUCAUGCCUGGACGAUGAUCCACUUUGCACAUAUUCACUGUGCUCAGGCACUAGGUGUCCCUGUUCACCUAAUGUUCACUAUGCCUUGGACAAGUACUGUAGGCUGGGACAUGUUAUCAACCGCUGGCGAGAAUCGAUUAAUCUAGAUCCUGUCCCCAACAUGGAAGGUCCUAGCUUGGCGGAAGCGUUAAACGUGCCUUUUACUUAUUGCUGGUCUCCAGCUCUGAUCCCAAAGCCGCAGGAUUGGCCAUCACAUAUCGAUAUUUGCGGCUUCUUAAUUCGAGACACUCCUACUUACUACCCGCCUGUGGAUUUAGAGAAGUUCUUGCAAUCUGGUGAACCUCCUGUGUACAUUGGCUUUGGUAGUAUCGUGGUCUCAAACCCUCAAAAACUCAUCAAUACAGUCCUUUUGGCGGUGGCACAGGCUGGUGUGCGAGCUAUCAUCUCGAAGGGCUGGGGUAAUAUUGUGGGGCCACCAGAUCCCAACAUCUAUUACAUCGAAGAUUGUCCACACGAGUGGCUCUUCCAACAUGUGUCAGCUGUCGUUCACCAUGGAGGCGCUGGCACCACCGCUUGUGGCUUAUCGAAGAGUCGGCCUUCGGUAAUUGUGCCUUUUUUUGGGGACCAACCAUUCUGGGGCAAUAUGGUCGCCAGAUCCGGUGCUGGUCCUAGACCCAUUCCAUACGCCUCUCUCACCGUUCAAAAUCUAGCGGAUGGUAUUGAAUUUUGUCUCACAAAGGAAUCAAAAGCGGCGGCGGAAUCAAUUUCUUAUAAGAUGCGGAUGGAAUCGGGAGUCAAGGCUGCCGUCAACUCGUUUCAUCGCAAUCUACCGUCAGCUAGAAUGCGGUGUGAUAUCAUACCUGGCCAGCCUGCAGUGUUGAAAUAUUCUAAGGGCAAACAUCCACUCAACCUCUCCACGGCUGCAGUGUUGACUUUGAUUGGAAAUAAUAAGGCCAACGAGAAUCAUUUUAAAUCUUACAAGAGCAACCCAAUCUUCAUCGAUAAACAUCGUUGGGACCCAGUGACGGGUAUUCUCUCUGCAGCAACAGCCACCGGCUCCAGAAUGGUGCAAUCCACUGGCGAGAUCUUCUAUAGCCCGUAUAAACAAUAUACACGCUCUCGGUCUCCUAUGCCAUCCGAGUCUUUGGCCAGCUCAUCGCAACUUGGCUCUGGUAUAUCUACCAGCAAUGAUGGGAAAGAGGCUGGAAUAGUCACUGCUGGCAAAAUGGUGGGGGUGGUAAUCGAUAUUCCCCAUGCGGCUGCCGAGGGAUUCCGACAGGUGCCCCGACUAUAUGGAGACAAACCCAAGGAAUAUGAGCCUGUGAAAAAUUGGAAAAGUGGUGCAGUAUUUGCCGGUAAGAACUUUGUGGAUGGAAUGAGCGAAGGGUUCUCGGGAUUAAUUACGCUGCCUAUCAAGGGUGGCAAGGAAGAAGGAGCUUUGGGGGUUGUCAAGGGUCUCGCCAAGGGUACCAUCGGGCUGGCAACGAAAGUACCUUCAGCUGGCAUUGGAUUGGUAGCUUACCCACUUCACGGAAUCACCAAAAGCAUCGACGCGGCAUUCCGGAAUAAUAUUGACAAAGCAAUUGUGAUCGCACGGCUCCGAGAUGGCCGCAAUAAACAAAGGAGAGAGCCCUUAACUGGCGAGGAGCAGAAUGGUACCCUACUAUUCUGGAAAGACUUUCAGCAUGAGGAAAUACGAGCUAUAUAA